CCCCGAGGAUCCUAACUACUCCUUGAAGAAAUCUAUUGAUGCCUCAGUGAACGAGGUUGUUAACGUCGCUAAGCUCCUGCUAACGGCCACGGAUGAGGGGAGAUCUAUUGGUGCCUCCAUGAACGGGGUUGUUAACGUCGCUGAGCUGCUGCUAACGGCCACGGAUGAGGUAGGGAAGCUGAUCCUUAACGAGUGCGACAUGGUCCUGCAGUGCAACGUGUGCAAAAAUUUGUUCAGCUCGGUCGAUAAUUUCUUGACGCACAAACGAAUUUACUGCCAGGAAGAGUUUGCUGAUCGGACACUUCUUCACCGCGCAACACCAGCUUCGCAACACCCGAGACUCUUUCUGUACACCAGCGUUACCAUCACGGCCCCAUGAGUUGGAUAUCCACCUGUCCCAUCCGCCAGGCCUCCUUUGUCACCACGUUGGCCGUGACUGAGCAGCUGGAGAAAUGUUAGUAUUUUUGCUUCUACUGCCGCUGAUGCUGCUGGGGUGGGCGUGCGGGUGCUAGUGGUGUAGCGAGCGAGUGUUGUUGCUUCUGUUGGUGUUUGAAGGGGUGUGUAGAGAGGGUUGUAGUGAAGUUACAGUACUUUUUGUCAGGGUCUAAGAGUUACGAUUUUUCUACAACUGUUAUUGCUAUUAUUUUUUCUACAACUGUUAUUGCUAUUAUUGUGUUUAACGCGUUAGUGGAAGGUACUUGGGGUUUCAACUUACGCGGUGAAGAAGUGUCCGAUCAGCAAACUCUUCCUGGCAGUAAAUUCGUUUGUGCGUCAAGAAAUUAUCGACCGAGCUGAACAAAUUUUUUGCACACCUUGCACUGCAGGACCAUGUCGCACUCGUUAAAGAUCAGCUUCCGUACCUGUGGGGGCGUAGAGGUCAGGUCAGGUGAGGUGGUGAUUUAAUUUGUAUAUUAUUCUUUUCUUAAUAUCU